AUGUUGACGGCAGUAUUAUGCGACAUGCCAGAUGGAAACCAGCAAGUAUCUCGGAUGUGACACUUUUUCAAGAGGAUGUUGUUGUUUAAUAAGUGAGUUAGAGGGGCGCAAUUUAGGUUUUGGGUGUAGUUAUCAAGAACCCAACUGUCAGUGGCUACGUGAGUGUCACCGCAUAUUUUUGAAGUGAAAUAUUUAGUUCGCAAAUCCACUGAAUAUUGCUGGUUAGCGAGUAGCUGUAAGCCGUUAAUCGAACGCAGGUUAACGGACGUUACCGUUGCCUGCUCCUAACGACAACAUGAGCUAUGGAUAUGGAGGUGGAGGAGGAAGAAGAGGUAGAAGAGGAGGUCGCGGGCACAGAGAUGGCAGCAGAGAAAGAUGGGAAAGGGGAGGUGGAGGAGGCUCGAGAGGAAACAGUUCCGAAUUUGACCCGGAUCGGGGAGGAGGUGGACAAAGAGACCGUCCUCCUCCACACCUGAAGGGCCGUGAGAUUGGACUGUGGUACGCAAGAUAUGGAGCCGUUAGGAGGAAGCAAGCUGACCGGAGAUCGCGGGCAGUGGUCCAGAUGGAUGAGGCAAGAGAGCAACACAUUACCAAGCUGCUUAACUCUGUCCAGAAUGACCAACUUGGCCUAGAAAGGGGCUGCAGGGAUGAAAGAGCCUCGACCUCUGACAGCUGGCAAACAGCUGCCAGGGAUAGUGCCCACUGUUACUUUGAUGGGGAUUUGCCUGAAGAGGAAAAAACGAAGACUGAGGUCAAAUGGGAGGAAGAAGAAGGUAGUUCUGGCCAGAAGAAAGCAGCUGGCAAAUCACAAAGUCACUCUACAACAGCGGUUAAAGAUGAGCCGCCAGAUAAAUGGGAUGAAGAAGAUCAGGAAGAGGAGGUGGCGAAACCAGUUAUUAAGGAUAAGGAUCUGGAGUUCUUACAUCAGGAAGUAGUCCGAGACAGGUCCCUGGAUGACUACUUGAAGAGAGAUCUGCAGAGUAAGAAAUCAGAUGCAAAGUACAAAGAAAUGCUGAAAUUCAGGGAAAAACUACCAUCUUAUGGGAAAAAAGAGGAGCUGGUAACGCUGAUCAAUUCUAACCGUGUCCUAGUGGUGAGUGGGGAAACAGGAUGUGGCAAAACCACUCAGGUUACUCAGUUCAUCCUAGAUGACUAUAUCAACAGAGGCAUGGGCUCAAUGUGCCGUGUGGUCUGCACACAGCCUCGACGCAUCAGUGCCAUCUCGGUUGCAGAGCGUGUAGCGGCAGAGAGGGCAGAAAGUGUUGGGAAUGGGAAUUCAUGUGGUUACCAAAUCCGCCUGCAGAGCCGGUUACCAAGGAGACAAGGUUCGAUCCUGUACUGUACAACAGGCAUUAUUCUUCAGUGGCUUCGCUCAGACCCAUUGUUGUCCAGUAUCAGUCACCUGGUGCUGGACGAAAUCCAUGAGAGAAACCUGCAAUCAGACGUUUUGCUCAUCAUUGUAAAGGACUUGCUCAACCUCCGAGAUGACCUUAAGAUCAUUCUCAUGAGUGCCACACUCAACGCAGAGAAGUUUUCCCAAUACUUUGACAACUGCCCAAUGAUCCACAUUCCUGGUUUGACGUUCCCAGUGGAGGAGUUCCUACUUGAGGACAUUAUAGAGAUGACCAGGUAUCGGCCCCAGAAUCAGGACCGUCGCCCCUCAUGGAAGAGAGGUUUUUGGCAGGGGCGAAACUCCAGACCUGAGAAAGAGGAGAAAGAGGCUGAAUACAAGGAAAGCUGGCCAUGUUACGCACGAACACUACAGGGCAGGUACUCUGACACAACCAUUGAGGCUCUCGAGAUAUUAGACAGAGAUGAGAAGAUUGAUCUGGACCUAAUUCUGGCACUAAUUCGUUAUAUUGUGCUCAAUGAGGAGGAAGGAGCAAUCUUGGUGUUCUUGCCUGGUUGGGACAACAUCAGUACUCUCAACGACCUUCUCAUGGCUCAGCAAAUGUUCCGAUCAGACCGGUUUGUUAUCAUCCCUUUGCACUCCCUCAUGCCGACCGUUAAUCAGACACAGGUUUUUAAAAGGCCUCCUCCUGGAGUUAGAAAGAUUGUGAUUGCUACCAAUAUAGCUGAGACCAGCAUCACCAUCGAUGAUGUUGUUUAUGUGAUAGAUGGAGGCAAAAUUAAGGAGACCAACUUUGACACCAGCAAUAACAUCAGCACCAUGAUGGCUGAGUGGGUUAGCUUGGCCAAUGCCAAACAGAGGAAAGGACGUGCUGGCAGAGUGUGUCCGGGGAAAUGCUAUCACCUGUACAACGGUCUGAGGGCCAGCCUGUUGGAUGCCUAUCAAUUACCUGAAAUUAUGAGGACACCACUGGAGGAGCUGUGCUUGCAGAUCAAGAUAUUGAAGCUUGGGUCUAUAGGUCGAUUCCUGGAGAAAGCCUUGGACCGUCCCACUGAACAGGCUGUCAGCCUCGCCAUCAAGAAUCUCACAGAGCUGAACGCCCUGGACCAAAGAGAGAAUCUGACAGCAUUGGGGUUCCACCUGGCUCGGCUGCCUGUGGAACCUCACAUUGGCAAGCUCAUCCUGUUUGGAGCUCUGUUGGGCUGCCUUGACCCUGUACUCACUAUUGCUGCUUCCCUCAGCUUCAAAGACCCUUUUUUCAUACCCCUGGGUAAAGAGAAGAUGGCAGACAUGAGGCGGAAGGUUCUCUCUAAAAACUCAAAGAGUGACCACCUCACUAUUGUCAAUGCUUUCCAGGGCUGGGAGGAUGCAAAGCAGCGUGGAGGCAGGUAUGAAAGGGAAUUCUGCUGGGACAACUUCCUGUCUGCCAACACACUCCAGAUGCUGCAAAACAUGAAGGGUCAGUUUGCCGAACAUCUCAUGCAUGCAGGCUUUGUCAGCAGCAAGGAUCCCAAAGACCCCAAAUCUAAUGUCAACUCGGGCAAUGAAAAAUUAAUCAAGGCAGUGAUUGUAGCCGGUCUGUACCCUAAGGUGGCCAUGAUCAGACCAUCUCACAGCAAAAAGAGGCCAGGUGUCAAAGUGUACACUCAGGCUGACGGAAAAGUGUGUAUCCACCCAAAAUCUGUCAAUGCCGAAGAGACGGAAUUCAACUAUACUUGGCUUAUUUAUCACCUAAAGAUGAGAACAAGUAGCAUCUUCCUGUACGACUGCACCGAGGUGUCACCAUUCUCACUGCUGUUCUUUGGAGGAGACAUCACCAUCCAAAAAGACGAGGACCAGGAAACCAUCGCAGUGGACCAGUGGAUUGUCUUUAGAUCCCCUGCACGCAUUGCUCACCUUGUUAAGAGUUUAAAGAAAGAGCUGGAUUCUCUGCUGCAGGACAAAAUUUGUAAUCCUGCUCCUGUAGACUGGCAAAACCGUCAAUCCAAAGACUGUGCUGUGAUCACAGCCAUCAUAGACCUCAUCACGACCCAGGAGAAGCCCACAGGCAGCAAUAGGGGCUAUGGCAGAACGUGGGCGUCUGCACCAAGAGGAGAGCACGUUUACUUCAAUGACGAAGAUGAUGACGAUGAUGAUUAAAAGUGAAUAGAGAUUUGGCUGUCUCUGAAAGAAGAUGCUAUGAAAUGACUGCCUGCAUCCUUGGACACAGGGUCUAGUUGGAAUAUUUAUGAUAACCAGCUGGCCUUCUUGAUGGUUCUGCUUGAUUGAAAUUUUACUGCUCCCUCGGUCCUCCUGAAGGCCAAAUACAGGCCACUGCUAUUAAAAGAAAAAGGAAAAAAAAGGCCUGCAUUUCAUUCCCAUAAUUUUUUUUGCCUCUUGAUCUUAAUUCUUUAAAGUCUUUCUUUGAAUUCUCUCUGUAACUUUAUCUGGUUAGUAAACUUCUUGUUUGGAUAAGUCACACUUUAUUUUUACCUGUUGCCACAGGCCUGUGCAAUAAAGAGAAGGUGUACCAUCA